UGUAGAAUUUGAAACAAUUUAUUGGUAACAGAGUGACACCCUUUCCAUCACUAAGCGUUGCCCAUGGCAACCUUUGUGUUGUUAUGUCAAUGGAGACAGUCAAAAUACAGCCGGCCACUAGCAAAGAAGUGAAAAGACCAAAUAUUUCUGACCAUGCCACUGCUGGAGGCACCGGCCGAGUAUCUGGAGUCCUCGCCAGACCACUCCCUUCAGGCGGAGCUGCCGCUCCUUUUGGCUCCCCCAGGUCCGGCGGCCUUGGCCCAGGUCCGGAUGCCUCCACCUGAGGUUCGACUCAACCAACAGAAUCGCGCCCAGCAGCAGCAGAGGACGCCGUUUAAUCGUCGGCCACUGGGCCGCCGGAACUCCUUCGACCGGGAUGUCCCCAUCACCGAGGAGACACAUCACCUUCCGGCCUUCGUGCACCUGCUGCCCGUGGUUUUGCCCCAACAGGCACCGGAACCGACCUUGGACGAGCUACUGCGCCGCGUGACCCAGCGAACAGACCUCGAGGCGGUGGAGGAGGUGCGCCUGCGCGUGAUCUCCUACACGAUCAGCCUGUCCCGCCUGUCGCUCUUCCUGCCGCGGCUCCAAAGCCUCGACCUGAGCGGCAGUGUGCUGAGCUCGCUGCGAGACCUGGGCUACGGACUGCUCCAGCUGACCCGGCUGGACAUCAGCAACUGCGGCCUGAACAGCUUCGAUGGCACCAGCGGGCUGCCGGCCAUCCGGGUGCUGAUCGCCGACGGAAACAUGAUCCAGCGGGUGGAUCCCCUGGCCGAGCUGGUCCACCUGCGGGUCCUGAAGGCGAGGAACAACCGGAUCAGCGAGCUGGGCCUGCUCUCCUUUCUGGGCAUGUGUCCGCAGCUCCAGGAGGUGGAGUUGCAGGGGAAUCCUGUGUGCCGGCUUCCACUUUACCGCUCGCUUCUGGCGCGCAGUGUGCCCACGUUGCAACUGCUGGACGAACGGGUUUUGAACGCCCCAGCGACUCCGGCGGAGAUUGAGGCGGGUCCAUCGCCGGGCUCCAGCGACUUGGAGUCCGGUUCAGAGGGGGCACUCGCACUCCCACGUCCGGCCACCGCACCCGCUCCAGAGCCCGUUCAGAUCAUCCUUAACCCCGGCAUCCGGCGGCAAGUGUCGGCCAGUUCCGCCUCCACUCCGGUGGCCGGAUCCGUGCUGGGACUGGUCCGCCAGCGUCGGCGGCGCAGUGGCCACGCCUGGGUCAGUUCCUCCUCCUCCUCGUCCUCCAGCGGAUCGUCAUCCGCCUCGUCGGCCAGGUCCACACGGACCCCUUCGAUGAGCUCGUGCUCCUCCAACAGCAGCCUCGACGUCCAGUCAUCCACUUAUGCCUUCAGCCCACAAUCAACGCUGGACUAGACCACUCAAUCUAUUCAAAAACUUUUAUAAUCGUAUGAAAAUAUAUAUGUAUAACAUAAGUACGUAAGUUCGGAUUUUAAAUCCUCACCGUUGCAAGCUUAAUAGAUUGUUAAAUAUAUAUACAUUUCGGAUUAAAAUUAAGGAUGUCACAACAAUUCCGAUCAA